AUGGCAGUUUCACAAGCUGUUUCCGCCUUUAUUAUGCAGAUGUUCUUGGUCGCCGGUCUUUUCCUUUCUCAGAGCCCUAUGACCCCAGGCCAAGGACCAACCGUGUCCGACUGCAGCCCUCGCCUGGUGGCUCUAGUGCCAUGCGCACCAUUCGUGCAGGGCAACGCUCAAAGACCCGCACAAUCCUGCUGCGACAAUCUGGACCAGCUCUACGGGCUGCAACCCGCUUGUCUUUGCCUCCUCCUCAAUGACACCACCUUGAGUGCUUUUCCUAUAAACAGGACACUUGCGGUUCAAUUACCUAUUCUUUGCAAGCUCCAAGCUAACACCACUGUUUGCUCAGGGUUGUCUCAAGUUUCUCUUGGGACAAAUCAUACUCCUGUUGCUGCUUCUUCCCCCAUGGUGAACCCUAAUGUUCCGGCGGCACCGAGACCAAACAUCAUGGGGCUGGGGCUUGGCCGGAGCAAUGCUGGUAGAUUUAAGACACAUGAUGAUCUCUUAGCUGUUGCUGUAAUUCUGGUUUCAAAGUUGGCACUUGAUGCUGGGUUUCUGGUUUAGAUUUAUUGAUGAUUUGUUUUCUUUGAAUAUUACUAUCUCUACGUAUAAUGUAUGUAUUGGAACAAUGUUUACCUAUUUUGGUAAUGAUUUAUAUGCAGUA